AUGUGCCAGAAGCAAGUCAUUUACCUAGGUUAUCAAUUAAAAGAUGGACAGAGAUGGCUGACCGAGGUGAGCAAACAGACUAUCACUAACAUCCCUGCCCCCCGGAACCCCCGCCAGCUGCGAGAGUUUCUGGGAACAGCGGGAUUCUGCCGCCUCUGGAUCCCAGGGUUUGCCGAGAUGGCUGCACCCUUGUAUCCUCUAACUAAACAAGGGACAAUGUUUGAUUGGGGAGAGGAACAGCAGAGGGCUUUCAAAAACAUUAAGAAAGCCUUACCAGCCUCCCCUGCUUUAGGCCUCCCUGACAUCACCAAACCCUUUGACUUGUUCGUGGAUGAGAGACAGGGUUACGUCAAAGGGGUCCUAACUCAAAAACUGGGCCCUUGGAGGCGUCCUGUAGCUUAUCUCUCAAAGAAACUCAACCCAGUUUCUUCAGGGUGGCCGCCCUGUCUGCGAAUGGUAGCAGCAAUCGCAGUCCUCACUAAAGACGCGGGUAAACUAACCCUGGGCCAGCCACUGACUAUCCUGGCACCCCAUGCGGUGGAAGCCUUGGUCAAGCAGCCUCCAGACCGCUGGCUCUCCAAUGCCAGCAUGACUUACUACCAAGCCCUGCUCCUGAAUGCGGACCGGGUGCAAUUCGGACCUGUGGUCGCUCUUAAUCCCGCGACCUUGCUCCCCCUGCCUGAGGACCCGGAACACCACGACUGCCUCCAGAUCCUCGCAGAAACACACGGGACCAGACCGGACCUGACAAAUCAACCCCUCCGAGAUGCUGACUAUACUUGGUAUACGGAUGGCAGCAGUUUCCUGGCAAAUGGGAAACGAAAGGCGGGGGCAGCAAUGACAACAGAGACUGAGGUAGUUUGGGCAGAAGCCUUACCAGCAGGCACCUCCGCCCAGAGGGCUGAACUCAUCGCUCUGACCUAG